AGGUGGCGGUAAGUGGCUCUUAAACUCGGUUCUUUAUCUACCGUUAAACCGCGAAGCAGACGCAGAUUAUUGUCCUAUGAAAUGAGAGCAUGACCAGCAAACACAGCCACGAGCACCACCCCUAUGAUUAUAUAGUUCUUUAAUGUUUCUUUUUACAUAAUAUCUGACAUGAUCGAAGGUCUUCUGUCCGAGAACAAUGUUGAUAUAAGCUUUUGGUCGUUUGAUGUGUCGACGCUCAGUGGAUACGUCCAAAUCAGAGAUGAGGAUACAGUUCAUGUGGUAUGCGUCCCAUCCUCUCUCAUGCUGGCUGAGUGCUGAAAACUGAAUGUGGGCCGCUCUGCGGCUCCCACUACAGCUCCUGCCAUGGGGAAUACCGCCACCAAGUUUCGUAAAGCACUUAUCAGUGGAGACGAAGGCCUGGCCUGCCAGCUCUAUGAGAACAACCCUCAAUUUAAAGAGGCUCUGGAGCCCAACACAUCUUAUGGGGAGCCAUAUCAACACAACACACCCCUGCACUACGCCUCACGCCAUGCCAUGACUCGCCUCAUCAGGUCUUUCCUUUUCUCCAAAGAUGGCAACCCCAACAAGUGCAACGUUCACAAUGAGACUGCGUUGCACCUGCUUUGCAUGGGCCCCCAGAUCCUGCUGGGUGAGGGGGCACUGCAGCCCCGGAUCAGCCGGCCCCAGGAGGAUGAACAGAAGCGGGCUGAGUGCCUCCAGAUGAUCCUUCUGUGGACCGGAGCCAAGCUGGACCAGGGCGAGUAUGAGAGAGCCAACGUCAAUGCCACAGACAACAAAAAGAGCACCUGCCUGCACUACGCGGCAGCGGCUGGCAUGAAGAACUGUGUCGAGUUGUUAGUAAAGAACAAUGCAGAUUUAUUCGUGGAGAACGAGGACCGGGAGACGCCAUGUGACUGUGCGGAGAAACAGCAUCACAAGGAACUGGCGCUCAGUCUGGAGUCUCAGAUGGUUUUUUCUCAGGAUGCCGGAGCUCAGGAGAUAGAAGCAGAGUAUGCCGCCCUUGACCGGCGAGAGCCAUAUGAGGGAUUGAAACUGCAAGACCUGCGUCGGUUGAAAGACAUGUUGAUAGUGGAGACGGCGGACAUGCUGCAGGCUCCUCUCUUCACGGCCGAGGCCCUGCUGCGAGCUCACGACUGGGACAGGGAAAAACUUCUAGAGGACUGGAUGUCUAAUGCGGAGGACUGCUGUCAGCGCUCAGGUGUUCAGAUGCCAACUCCCCCACCGAGUGGCUACAAUGCUUGGGACACUCUGCCUUCACCUAGAACUCCCAGAACAACUCGCUCCUCUGUCACCUCCCCUGAUGAGAUCAGCCUGUCUCCUACUGAUGGCCUUGCCCUGUGUGGGAUUUGCAUGUGCACCAUAUCGGUGUUUGAGGACCCUGUUGAUAUGUCGUGUGGGCACGAGUUCUGCAGGGCAUGCUGGGAAGGGUUUUUGAAUCUGAAGAUCCAAGAUGGGGAAGCACAUAACAUCUUUUGCCCUGCUUAUGAAUGCUUCCAGCUGGUUCCUGUGGAGGUCAUUGAAAGCGUUGUCUCCAGAGAGAUGGAUAAGCGCUACCUGCAGUUUGAUAUUAAGGCUUUCGUGGAUAAUAAUCCUGCCAUUCGCUGGUGCCCUGUAGCCAGAUGUGAAAGAGCCGUACGACUGUCUAGGCCAGGCCCUGGAGCCUCUGACUCUCUGAGCUUCCCGUUGCUCAAAGCCCCUGCUGUAGACUGUGGCAAAGGCCAUCUCUUCUGCUGGGAGUGUCUUGGCGAUGCUCAUGAACCCUGUGAGUGUGAGACAUGGAAGAUGUGGCUGCAGAAAGUGUCUGAAAUGAAGCCUGAAGAAUUGGCUGGUGUGAGUGUAGCCUAUGAAGAUGCUGCCAACUGCUUGUGGCUACUCACCAACUCUAAACCUUGUGCCAACUGCAAAUCCCCCAUCCAGAAAAAUGAAGGCUGUAAUCACAUGCAGUGCGCGAAGUGCAAGUAUGAUUUCUGCUGGAUUUGUCUUGAGGAAUGGAAGAAACACAGCUCCUCUACUGGAGGAUACUAUCGCUGCACGCGCUAUGAGGUCAUCCAACAGGUGGAGGAACAGUCCAAGGAGAUGACUGUGGAGGCAGAAAAAAAGCACAAGAGUUUUCAGGAACUUGACUGUUUUAUGCAUUAUUACACACGAUACAAGAAUCACGAACACAGUUACCAGUUAGAAGAACGACUCUUGAAAACAGCCAAAGAAAAGAUGGAACAACUGAGCAAAGCUUUCAUUGGAAGGGAAGGAGCCCCACCUGACACCACCUUCAUUGAGGAUGGUGUGCAUGAACUUCUCAAGACCCGACGCAUCCUUAAGUGCUCUUAUCCAUAUAGUUUCUUCUUGGAGCCCAAAAGCACAAAGAAAGAAAUAUUUGAACUUAUGCAGACUGAUUUAGAGAUGGUCACCGAAGACCUUGCUCAGAAGGUGAACAGGCCUUACCUCCGCACCCCUCGCCAUAAGAUCAUCAGUGCCACGUAUCUGGUGCAGCAGAAGAGACGGGAGUUCUUGGCCUCUGUGGCUCGAGGUGUUGCUCCAAACGAUUCUCCCGAGGCUCUCCGCCGCAGUUUUGCUGGUGGCACUUGGGACUGGGAGUAUCUGGGAUUUGCCUCUCCUGAGAUGGUGAGGAAUCACCCAGUACGGGGGUCAAAUGCACAGCGUGAGAGCAAUUACAAUCCAGGAGGCCAGCCGCAGGAAUACUCCGAGUUCCAGUACAGACGGAGACACCGGCAGCGGCGUAGAGGAGACCUACUCCGACUGCACAGCCUCCGCAGUAACACCCCUGAACCACAUGACUCUAGUGACAACACUUCAGAAACACAUGAGGGAGGCAUUACACAAAGACAUGGGAUCUCCACGGCACUUGGGUCUCUGGAUGAGGAUGACCCCAAUAUUUUGUUGGCUAUUCAGCUGUCCCUACAGGAGUCCAGGCUGGCCUUGGACCCCGAGCCUCAGGAUGUGCUCAGUAACGAUUCUUCUGUAGGUGCCAGUGGUUCCUCUCUGCCCUCUAGACUGGAUUCUGCCCCCCAUACUGGGGAUCACCCCCGAGCUUCCAUGAGCAGCUCUGAGCUUCUAGAGCUGGGAGACAGCCUUAUGAGACUGGGCAACAUUACCAGCCACUAUACACCCUUUAACAUGAAUUCCUACCCCGAUGCCUUGGGUAACGCCUUCACCCCUAGUGACCCAGACUGCCUGGACCCUUCCACCAAUGCCAACCUGCUUGGCAACAUUAUGGCCUGGUUCCAUGACAUGAAUCCACAGAGCAUUGCACUGAUUCCCUCAGCCACCUCAGAUGCCAGUCCUGAGCCUCCCAUUUUUGGAGAGGGACAACCUGCCAAAGCCCAGGAUGAGGAGAAUGAGAUGGGGAGUCCUGAGCAGGGUUCCCUAUCGCUACUGAAAGAGAGGAGCGCAGACAUGAUGGCAUCGCAACUUUUGGAGCUGGAAUGUGUUGAUGCACAGCCUCCUAAAGCAGAGCCAGACUUGGAGGGUAUGGGCAGCAGUGUAGAUCUCACUAACACGGUUCGUCCUGAGAGCAGUACUGAUCAGGAUCCGCAGGUAACUGACCUCUCUUUAGAGUGGGAGGAAGAAGUGCACCUCGUGUGAGGAAAAAGUCCAAUUAUUGUUUACCAACUGAGUGCUCUUAUUGUGCCAAAACACUAAAUAAAAUCAAAACUGCACGUUCAGAAAUGGAGAAGAGUGAAAAAGGUGCAGUGGGGUCAGAUGGGUCUCGUCUCGGUUGUGUGUUGCACAGCGUCUGGUGGAAGAAACAAGAAAACGUGGUCAGAUUUAAGUUGAUGAGAGUAGAGUGCGUCUCAUUCACUAACUGUAUUUUGUGUUUGUUUUUGAACGGAAAUCCAAAUUCAUUCAUAUCUUAGCACUUGGAUUUUCUUUUUCAACAUUUUAGCAUAACAUUUAGAAACAACUAAGAAUCAGUCCUGGUGGCCUUAGAAACACAAAAUGGUUUAAGCCGAAAGGUUUUACAUGUAAUUGGACAUUUGAACAACUAAGAGACCCCAAAAAUUUAGCAUUAAAAAAUGAAAAGCAUUAAAGAUCUGGAAUCGGUUCUACAUAAAAAUAUUGUGAUUUUAUAUUUAAAAAGCCAUUGAAUGGUGAAGGUUAGGAUGGUAAUUGCUCAUUUUAGCUUAUGUCGAAUAAUCUGGAUUUAUUAACAUUAGAAAGACGGUGAGAUCAAAUUUAUGUGCAUACCUGUUGUGAGUAAUCAGGUGGAAAUCUUGUGUAACAACCUUUUUUUGUGCACAUGAGAACACUGUUAUGAGUGACUGUGGUGAUGUAUUAAAGUCACAAUGAAAUGGAA